CCUCCUUGGUGCCUUAAUUAUAAAGAAAAAAACAGAGAAUAUGUAAGUGAAGAUUUCAGUGUCAGAAUUCAAACCUAUAGCAGCAAUCCACUUCUGUUCCAAAAUCUCCAUUUUCUAAACACAACAAAAAACUCAUCACCUCAAACAACAACAAUCUCAGUCUAAAACAAAAACAUGUUCGGUUUAAGAGACUUAGUUUUCAUAGCUCAAACCCCUUCAUCACUUCACCACCACCACCAACAACAAAACCAACCCAUUUCAUCAGAUCAUCCUCCUCAUCCUCCCAACCUUCCCUUACCUUCAUCCUCAGCUCUAAGCGUUGGUCUUGGAAUUUUCCCACUCCUAACCACCACUCACAUUGAUAAUAACAAUAACAAUAAUAAUAAUAAUCAAGACUCAAACUUUUGGAAUCUCAAGAUGUGUCAACCACAACAAGUGAUGAUGAUGAAUUCAAUCCCCAAAAGGGUUGAAGAAGAUGAUCAAAAGAUUCAGAAUCUGAUGAUGGGUUGCGAUGAAAACGGUGAGUUUAGGGUGUGUCAAGAUUGCGGAAACAGAGCUAAGAAAGAUUGCAGCUUUAAGAGAUGCAGGACUUGUUGUAAGAGUCGUGGGUUUGAUUGUAGUACUCACGUGAAGAGCACGUGGACUCCGGCUUCCAUGCGGCGAGACCGGAAUGGAGCGGUGGUGGUUGAAGGUGGUGGUGACAGUGAUGGCUCUUCCGGAAGUAAGAGGCAGAGGAUUUUGAUGGCAUCAUCAUCACAUGAUAAUGUUGCUGCUGCUACCUCUCAUAGUUCAAGCUCUAAUGCUGCUUCUAGAAGAAGCUUAAGCUUGGAUAUAACUAGCUCUUGUCACCAAGAUGUUGGAUUCAAGCAAUCAUUGCCAAGAUAUGUGACUGCACCAGCUGUAUUCAAGUGUCAUAGAGUUUCUGGAAUUGGGAGUGAUGAAGAUGAGAUUGCUUACUUGGCUACUGUGAGUAUUAAUGGGCAUGUGUUCAAAGGGUUUGUUUAUGAUCAAGGUGUUGUUGUGGAUGGAAAAGAUGAAACAAUGGGUUGUGUUUCGGAGUUGCAGCUUGGAAGUAAUGGAAGUGGAAAGAGUAGGGAGUGUUCUUCUGCAAUUCAUGUUCCAGCAACUAGUGCUUACCCUGCUUCUGCUUGUUGAGGUUUCUUUAAUGUAACAUGCAAUUUGUUUCAUGUGUUGUUGAUCUUUGGUUCUGUUAGGAUUAUGUUUGGGUGAAGAUUAGACGUUUCAUAUUCUUGUUAUGUAUUUGAAAUUUGAUUUUGUGGAGUUGUAUUGUCUAUGUAAUCUUGAUUCAACGGUUGAGAUUACUAAAAUUAGUGUUUGAACUUUGAAGUGUGUUUUGAUGGCAAAGGAGAGGAUGGAAAGAAUAAGCCAUUUUGCAUCACAAA